UUAAAGCUGAUCAAUAUAUAGCUAGCUACGAUGGCUUCUAUAUUGAAACUUCUAGCUCUUUUCUGCUUUACCUGUUUGAUGUUGUGUUGUUGUGCAGUGGCCAAUUAUGAUCCUAAUGAUUGUAAUCAAUCAAUAGGGAAUAGAUUUGAAGCAUGGAUGGCUAAGUAUAAUCGCACUUACCGCGACGAAGGUGAGAAGUGGCGCCGUUUUGAGAUAUUCAAGGAGAACGUCGGCUUCAUUGACGCGUUCAACCAGGGAGGAGCGCAAUCGUACACUCUCGCUGUGAACCAGUUUGCUGAUCUGACCAACAAGGAGUUCGUGGCUACUUACACUGGGGCUAAGCCUUCGAACAGCUCGAGGCCGUCGCCACCAUCACCACCACCGAUGAGGUAUGCGAGUCCGAGGGGCCCCCCUCCGAGUAUCGAUUGGAGGGAAAGAGGUGCAGUAACUGAUGUGAAGUACCAAGGCCCUUGCGGAUCAUGCUGGGCAUUUGCUACGGUAGCCGCAAUCGAAGGGAUAUUCAAAAUUAAGAAGAAACAGUUGAUUUCUCUGUCAGAACAAGAACUCGUCGAUUGUGUUGCCGCGAAUUUCGGAUGUGGUGGUGGUUUCUUAGACAGAGCUUACAACUUCGUCGUACUAAACCAAGGCCUCAAUACCGAGCACAUGUAUCCCUACACAGCAGUGCAGAGCCCUUGUGACUUCAAUAAGAUGGCUUAUAAAUCAGCUUCGGUGAGUAAUUUCCACUAUGUUCCUAAAAACGACGAGAGAGCACUCAAAAAAGCGGUGGCGAACCAACCAGUAUCGGUUUACGUCGAAGCAGUCGGAUCAUUCUUCCAAUUCUAUAGCGGAGGCGUGUUCAAGGGGCCGUGCGGGACCGCCCACAAUCAUGCUAUAGCAAUUGUCGGAUACGGGGAGGACAAUACCGGAACCAAGUAUUGGAUUGGAAAAAAUUCUUGGGGUAGUGACUGGGGAGAUCAUGGAUAUAUCCUUCUGGAAAGGGACAUUCAAGCCAAAGAAGGACUAUGCGGUCUAGCCAUGGAUGCAGUUUAUCCCAUUAUUGUUUGAGAAUAUUGUCACCCUGCCAAUUAAUUCACAUGUGCUUUGUGUUUUUGUAUCUGUUUUAUGAAUAAAUGUGUGGUAUGCAUAUUUAUAUUUUAUGCUGUUGAAUAAGGUUACAGUAACUAUGGUGUAAGGUUUGCUGAGACGGAGGAGCUGUUCUGUACGUAACGUUGUGGUGUUUGCUAGGACAAGAUGAAAAGCAAGUAAUGAAUUAUUUAAAAAGAUCUUUUAAUGUGCUCAAUUUAGCAUUUGAGCUUUCCAAAAA